AACUACCAUUAAUUAAGCAAGAAAAAUAAAUCGGCCGAAAGGAGUGGAAGGGGUACGUUGAAAAAGGGAGGAAGGAUAUAUUAUUUGCUUGUCUUUUGAAGCAAGCCACGAGCUUCAAGCUUCGGAGAGUUUCGUUGAUCAAGAAAAAAGGCUUUCUUUUUGGGUUCAUCUUCACAAGGAGGAAUGGCAAAGAGUUACUUCAAGCAAGAGCAUGAUCUUGAGAAGAGGAGGGCCGAGGCUGCUAGGAUUAGGGAGAAAUACCCUGAUAGAAUCCCGGUGAUCGUGGAGAGGGCAGAGAGAAGUGAUAUACCAAACAUAGACAAGAAAAAGUACCUUGUCCCAGCUGACUUGACUGUUGGACAAUUUGUGUAUGUCAUCCGUAAAAGGAUCAAACUGAGUGCAGAAAAGGCAAUCUUUAUAUUUGUGGACAAUGUCCUCCCACCAACUGGUGCCAUUAUGUCUGCCAUAUAUGAGGAGAAGAAGGAUGAAGAUGGAUUUCUUUAUGUUACUUACAGUGGGGAAAACACAUUUGGGCAUCUGAUGUCUCAGUAGCCAUUGGUAGAUUAAUUUGGACGCUGCUUUUAUCUUUUUCUUCGUUUCAGCAUUCCCCUAUAUUAUCUCUAGCAUCACCGUAUACAUUGCCUUAAUACUGGUAAUUUGGUUAUUGCUAUUAUUUAAAGACCUGCUGGUGAUAUGUACAGUUGCAUAUUGUACAUAAAUAUUUAUGAUUUCCGCACGAUGUUAAAAGUUCCUUUGGAUCAUUUAUCACUUGAAAUCUUUCUCUUGGUUGCACAA